GCGGAGAACCGAAUUCAGGAAGUGAUUGUUCUAGCGGAAAAGGAAAUGGUGGCAAGUAGCCGGAAGAUAUCGGAAGCGAGUGGAAACGAGUUGGGUGAUUAAGCGACAGAGACAUUUAGUCUUCAAAUCUGACUGAAAAGUGUAUAUAUAAGGGAGCAGGGUUGCAGCUCGGGAUUGUAUAGCUCUGCUGGCCAGUGUGACGCUCAGCCAGGGAAAUGUCACAAACCCAUUCAGACCAGAGGUUAGUACACCUGACACUGUGUAAAUGGAUCAGUUGAUGGGGGUCCUCCACUCCUCGAACUAAAGAAGGAAGAAAAUGGAUGAAAGGAAAUGAAUUGAAGAAAGGAAAUAGGUGACAAUGUCAGACAGCGAAGACAGCAACUUUUCUGAAGAGGAGAGUGAUAGGAGCAGCGAGGCUGAAGAGGUAGAGGAAAAUGAGGAGGUGGAGGAGGAGAGAGCCAGCCCUGCGGCCAGUGAGAAAGGGGAAGAAGAGGUAGAGGAAGAGGAUGAGGAGGAAUAUGAUGAGGAGGAAGAAGAGGAAGAUGAUGAUAGACCUAGAAAGAAACCACGUCAUGGAGGGUUUAUCCUUGAUGAGGCCGAUGUUGAUGAUGAAUAUGAAGAUGAAGAUCAGUGGGAAGAUGGGGCUGAAGAUAUUCUGGAGAAAGCUGAAGAACUUGAAGCAUCUAAUAUUGACAAUGUGGUACUGGAUGAGGAUCGCUCAGGGGCUCGGCGCCUUCAGAACUUAUGGCGAGACCAGCGAGAAGAAGAGCUGGGAGAAUACUACAUGAAAAAAUAUGCCAAGUCUUCUGUGGGAGAACACAUAUAUGGUGGUUCAGAUGAACUGUCUGAUGACAUUACCCAGCAGCAGCUGCUCCCUGGUGUCAAAGAUCCUAAUCUGUGGACUGUAAAAUGUAAGAUUGGAGAAGAACGAGCUACAGCUAUUGCUCUGAUGCGCAAAUUUAUCGCCUACCAAUUCACCGAUUCACCUCUUCAGAUAAAGUCCGUAGUUUCCCCAGAGCACGUGAAGGGUUACAUCUAUGUGGAGGCUUACAAACAAACACACGUAAAGCAGGCCAUUGAAGGCAUUGGCAACCUGCGUAUGGGCUUUUGGAAUCAGCAAAUGGUACCCAUUAAGGAAAUGACAGAUGUCCUAAAAGUAGUGAAGGAGGUGACCAAUCUAAAGCCCAAAUCUUGGGUAAGGCUCAAGAGAGGCAUCUACAAGGAUGAUAUUGCCCAGGUUGAUUAUGUAGAGCCAAGCCAGAAUACAAUCUCCUUGAAAAUGAUUCCUCGAAUUGACUAUGACCGUAUCAAAGCUCGAAUGAGUCUGAAAGAUUGGUUUGCAAAGAGAAAGAAGUUUCGAAGACCACCCCAAAAACAUUUCAAUGCUGAAAAAAUCAGGUCUCUGGGCGGAGAUGUCUCUUCUGAUGGAGAUUUUCUUAUUUUUGAGGCUAAUCGUUACAGCCGAAAAGGUUUCCUAUUUAAAAGCUUUGCCAUGUCUGCUGUGAUCACAGAAGGUGUUAAACCCACCCUUUCAGAAUUAGAAAAGUUUGAGGAUCAACCCGAGGGAGUUGAUUUGGAAGUGGUGACUGAAACAACAGGCAAAGAGAGAGAACACAGCUUGCAGCCAGGGGACAACGUGGAAGUGUGCGAAGGGGAGUUGAUAAACUUACAAGGAAAAGUACUCAGUGUGGAUGGAAACAAAAUCACUAUUAUGCCUAAACAUGAAGACCUUAAGGACUUGCUGGAAUUUCCAGCCCAGGAACUUCGGAAGUAUUUCCGAAUGGGAGACCAUGUGAAAGUUAUUGCUGGGCGUUAUGAAGGGGAUACAGGACUGAUUGUACGCGUGGAAGAGAACUUUGUCAUUCUGUUCUCUGAUCUCACUAUGCAUGAAUUAAAGGUUCUACCUCGAGACUUACAGUUAUGUUCAGAGACUGCUUCAGGAGUAGAUGUUGGUGGCCAGCAUGAAUGGGGUGAGCUGGUGCAACUAGAUCCGCAGACCAUGGGAGUCAUUGUGCGUCUGGAGAGAGAGACCUUUCAGGUCCUGAACAUGCAUGGUAAAGUGGUUACUGUUCGACACCAAGCUGUCAACAGGAAGAAGGACAAUCGUUUUGCUGUGGCCCUUGACUCCGAAGAUAAUAAUAUUCAUGUGAAGGAUAUUGUAAAAGUCAUAGAUGGUCCACAUUCGGGUCGUGAGGGAGAAAUCCGCCAUCUGUUCCGGAAUUAUGCCUUUCUGCACUGUAAAAAACUGGUUGAGAAUGGCGGCAUGUUUGUGUGCAAAACGCGUUACCUAGUUCUAGCAGGAGGUUCCAAGCCUCGAGAUGUCACAAACUUCACAGUUGGAGGAUUUGCUCCAAUGAGCCCUCGGAUCAGCAGUCCAAUGCAUCCCAGUGGUGGAGGACCACGAGGUGGUGGAGGAGGCGGUGGAGCUGCUGGUAGAGGACGGGGCCGUAGAGACAAUGAUUUGAUUGGUCAGACUGUAAGAAUCUCACAAGGUCCCUAUAAAGGAUACAUUGGGGUUGUAAAGGAUGCUACCGAGUCAACAGCUAGAGUAGAACUUCAUUCCACGUGCCAAACAAUAUCUGUUGACCGACAGCGCCUCACCACUGUUGGUGCUCGCCGUUCUGGAGGAAUGACCUCUACACAUGUUCGCACCCCAAUAUAUGGCUCUCAGACUCCUAUGUAUGGUACAGGUUCCAGGACACCUAUGUAUGGAUCGCAGACUCCGCUGCACGAUGGAAGCCGCACACCCCACUAUGGAUCUCAAACCCCUCUGCACGAUGGGAGCAGAACCCCAGCUCAGAGUGGUGCUUGGGACCCCAACAACCCCAACACGCCAUCAAGGGCAGAUGAAGAAUAUGAUUAUAGAUAUGAUGAUGAGCCUUCCCCGUCACCACAGGGGUAUGGUGGAACACCCAACCCUCAGACUCCAGGGUAUCCCGAUGUUCCCUCCCCACAGGUCAAUGCUCCGUAUCACCCUCAGACACCUGGUACUCCUGCAAUGUAUAAUACAGACCAGUUCUCACCAUAUGCUGCACCCUCCCCUCAAGGAUCUUACCAGCCCAGCCCUAGUCCACAGAGUUAUCACCAAGUGGCCCCAAGUCCUGUGGGCUACCAAAACACCCACUCACCAGCCAGCUACCAUCCAACACCGUCACCAAUGGCAUACCAGGCAAGUCCUAGCCCAAGCCCAAUGGGUUAUAGUCCAAUGACACCUGGUGCUCCCUCACCAGGGGGAUACAACCCUCAUACCCCUGGCUCAUCCAUAGAGCAGAUUUCCAGUGACUGGGUGACCACAGACAUUCAAGUAAAAGUCAGAGACACUUUCCAGGAUAGCCAGGUGAUAGGCCAGACUGGGAUUGUUCGCAGUGUAACGGGUGGUCUCUGCUCUGUGCUCCUGCAAGACAGCGAAAAAGUAAUAAGUAUCUCUGGUGAUCACUUGGAGCCAGUCACCCCUACUAAGAACAGCAGGGUUAAAGUUAUACUAGGAGAGGACCGUGAGGCUACAGGAGUCCUACUCAGUAUAGAUAAUGAGGACGGUAUCGUUCGAAUGGAUCUCGAAGAACAGCUGAAGAUCCUUAACCUUCACUUUCUGGGGAAGUUGGAGUCCUGAGUGGGAUGCUGUGCAACAGCAGAGUUACCACAACAUUUAAAUUAGCUAAUUGGAAUGCAUUAUCUGGCUUUGCAUAUAACUGGUUCAUCAGUACAUGGGAUGCUUUGUGUUUCUUUUGGAUUUUGUGCAGUAACCUAACAUCAGUUGCUGCUUUACCAAACCAGACAGUACAUUUUACAUCACCUCUGAAUGUGUAACUACACUAUGCCGGCCAUUCAAACCCUAUUUUGUUACUACUCAAACUGCAUUUACUUCUCUCGCAAUAAAAGUGUUCUAGUACAA